CAAUCUAUUGGAUCGGAGAGAAACCAUUAUCAAAAGCGAAGGGCGGGAGGCUGAGCUGAGUUGAGAGCUCCGAAAUGCUUCUCUCGCCAUUGAAAUCUCUUCAUUCUCCCUCUUCACUGCUCGAACGCAGUCGAAGAAGAAGAGCUGCUUCACCUCUGUUUCCUACGUCUUCGUCUUCUUCAUCAUCAUCUUCCUCGUCUUGUUCAGUGCGAUGUUGCUCUUCUUCUCUCUCUCGCUGCCCACUCAGGUAUGCCGUCCUUGGUGCUGGCUUCGCUGGCCUCUCUGUGGCUUGGCAUCUCCUUAAGCACUGUCCCAAGGAUCUCCACCUAAUUAUCGACAUAUAUGAUGAAAGUGGAAUUGGAGGUGGAGCAUCAGGGGUUGCAGGAGGACUUCUCCACCCAUAUUCACCCAAAGUGAAACUUCUUUGGCAGGGAGCUAGUUGCUGGAGAGAGUGUUUGAAGCUUCUAAGCAUCGCGGAAGCAGCAGUAGGAUCCAGGGAAUCAACUCUGGGUACCCAUGAAUGUUCACGUGAGAAAAUCAUCCACAGAAGGGGCAUAUUAAGACCAGCGGUGGACGCCAAAAAUUUGGAUAUACUGAGUAAAAAUGCAGAGAAUUGCCUACCCAGUUGCAGAAUAGAUUCCAUUGAUAAGGAAGCUGCAAAAACUCUUGUGCCUGAUAUACGUGUACCUUUUAACUCGCUCUUCUAUAUGCCAGAGGCCUUAAAUGUUCAUCCUCUGAAUUAUCUCCAGGCACUUUUCAUGGCUUGUGAAGAUUUGGUGAAGGAAAUGUCUGCCUCGGGUUCUGGUAGCAAAGAGUUAUAUCUGCACAAGAGAUCGAUCAACCAGCUUAGUGAUUUGGCAGGGGAGUAUCAUGCAGUGGUAGUAUGUAUAGGUGCAAAAGCCAACCUCCUUCCAGAGCUUGCUGGGAAGCUUCCACUUAGGAUGUGCAGGGGCGUAAUAGCUCAUCUCCGGCUUCCUGAUCAUGUAAAAGAAAGUUACCCGGAUCACAGCCCCUCGAUACUAUCAGAUGCUUGGCUCGCAAUACAGGGUCCCCGAGAUCUACUUGUAGGAUCAACAUGGGACUGGAAAUCGAACAAUACCUCACGAGAAGUCCCAGCAGAGGAAGCCUCGCAAGCCCUUGACAAGCUUAUACCAAAGGCAUCAGCUGUUUACCCAAAAAUCAAGGACUGGGCUUUCAUCAGAGCAAAAGCAGGCCUAAGGGCAAUGCCACCGCUCACUUCUGAAGGAUCACUUCCUCUACUGGGCAGAAUUGAUCAUAUAGUGGACUUUAAUCAAGAUUGCAAGUACUGGUUCUUUGGAGGGCUUGGUGCUAGAGGCUUGCUCUACCAUGGGUUGCUCGGGAAGCUGAUGGCGCAAGCCGUUCUUCAAGGAGAUGACAGUCUGUUGCCGUCAGAACUCACCUCUUGGAAUAAGUUAAAGUCAUAAAAAAAAAAAACCGAUUUCCCAUAGUUAUUGACAUCUUGUCGCUUUUCAUAUGCGUAUCUUAGAUAUAGUUUAGGGAUCUGCAUAAUAUUACCUUCAAUUACAUUGGAGAAGUCAGAAAUGAAAGAGCACUACCGAAAAAAAAUCGGAAAUGAAAGAGUCUAAACA